AUGGAUAUGUCUUCCUUGGACCUCACGUGGCUGCCCUCGGAUGCCGACGAGCAGUUGGCAUUGGGGUUCAGAAUCAUAUCAAAUGCGUACAAGACCCGCGUUACAUCGCUUGAGGCGGAGAUCAGGACAGUACGCGCUGCGGUCGCCGAGAAGUCUGAGCACCUGGCGGCAUUCCAGAAGAAAUACAGCAGCCUUGAGGUACAACUGAUUGAGUGCACCCAGCGUGGAAACCAACUGGCUGAAGAGAAUCGCAACCUGGUUGCUCAGAUCAAGAAGCUGCAGCGUGAUAUUAACAGGCUGGAGACACUGAAGCGUGCCGUACUGCAUUCGAUCCAGGAGGAUGGCACUGAUGUCGAGGCCGACCACCGCUACUACAACGCAGAUGACUUGCUCCACAGCGCUGCACCCCGCACCAUGAUAGAACUCUCUGGCGCUGACACCGUCGAGUCCGCUUUCAUCAAGAGGUUCGGAGGCAAACCCGGCUUCAGUGGCACCACCAGCACCACGCCUACGACAAACAUGAACUACGAGAAGGGGACCGUAGACGGCCGGAACUUCCUCAACGUGGCACGCGCCACUCUCAAUCCAGAUGACAUGAAUGGCAUCCUGUCCAUCAUCAAGAAGUUCAACGGACAGCAGCUGUCUAAGGAAAACGCCUUGGCUAGUGCACGCCAGCUCCUGGGGGAGAACAACGCCAAGCUGUACGAAGAGUUCAAGCAGCUCUUCUGUGUCUAA